AUGGAGACCACGAGCCCCAUCUUCCCCGACGAGAUCCUCCUUGAAGUUUGUCGCGUAGCAGCUGAGGGCUUCACCCUGGAUGAAGUCUUUACCCUCAGAGGCGUCAACACCCUAUUCGCAGACGAACUGUUCAAGGCAAUGGUGCGCAAUGGCCGUCUAGAAAAUGAGGGCUUCAUCACCCGCGAUAAAGGACUUCAUGAAAUUCAGAAGACUGCAUGGGAAAGCUGCCCAAUGACACUCCAAGUGAAAUACCUGCGCCUGAAGCUUCAAAACCACCAGACAAACCCUACCGCAUUUACUACCUACAUGACUGAGAUUUUGCAGAUGGAUGAGGUCAAGAACGCUGAGCCCGCGGAGCAGGACGUAAUACGCGAGAAACUGCUCUACGGCGCCACAGCCACCCCGAUACUUGAGUACACCAGAUUCGUCGAGCCCUACGGCGAUCACCAUUCUGCCAAACACGGAAAUGGACAGCCUUUCAAUCCUAAAGUAUCCUAUGAUGUCCUCCUCGCGGCCAGCGCCAUACGUCGUGGCGACGAGGUAGAAUUCGCCCGCAUCUUCGACAACGACGGAGAGAUACCACUGGAAUGCGGACGCUUCUACAUUGUGCCCAUCUACGUUUUGGCCCUGUACGGCACACUCAGCAUGGCCAGGGCCGUAGCCAGGAAGAGCGUCGUUUUCCGCAAUGACCCCAAACUGGGUGUUUCAACACUCAUUCGCCUCUCAGUGGCCAAAGGGAAUAAGGAAGCAGUGAAUGUGUGGAUGCCCAUCCUGAGGGCGAAGUGGGAUGUUAAUUUCCUGGAUGAAAUGGAGGCCGCCCUGGUUGGCCCUCUUGGAUUCAUAAAUCCCGGCAUGGUAAAAUUCGUCCUCCAGAGGUGCCUGAUGACGGACCGUGUCCUGUACUACAAGCUUCUUCCGAUUGCUGUCGAGUACGGCCACAUUGACAUUGUGGAGUUCAUCGUGCGUUAUCCAUUAUUCGACGCAUCGGAUGCUGAGUUUUACUGUUGGGUCCAUCCCCUUGAGCUUGCAAAGGAUCUUGAGGACCAAGAGGAGAGGAAGGACAUGAUUGAGAUACUCGUAAGUGCCGGCUUCGAUGCGGACGUGUGGGUGCGUCGAGUUGAGGGUAGGCGCGUGGUCUUGGUUACGACCGGCGAGUCUGAUCACUUGGAGGAUGACGAUGAGGUCGAUGAUGGCGAGAGAAGUGAUGACGAUUUAGAAUGGGAGGAUCUCGAAGCGGAGUUACAUCCCGACAUUGAAUUGAACGAGGAUGAAUGGGAUCUCACGGUGAAGAUGUCUCAGCUCACAUUUUGA